GAGCCGAGGAGUGGACCUCCUCCAAAUCCCAAUUCCCAGGAACUCCUCCGUCCCCCUUCCUCCAGUCUCUCUGACUCUACCCUGGUCCCCUCAAAUCUUCCACUUCUUUCUCGGACACCCCCACUCCCACCCCCCAGCCCCCAGCCCUAGCUUUAAUCCCUCCAACCUCACUCAGCUGCUCCUCUCCUCCAACCUCCCCCAACCAGGUCCACUCCAACCUCACCCAGUCCCGACUCGUCCAAUCCCCCCCCCCUCCAGUUUCUCCCAGACCCUUCCCCUUCAGCUUUUCCUCCCAGUUCCCUUCUCUUCAAGCCUCCCCCCCAAUCUCCCCCAUUCCGUUCCCCUGCACUCCAAACCCUAAUCCAUCCUUCUCUUCCAAUCUCGCUCUGUUGCUGCCAUUUCAGGGGGCUCUCGAAUGAGCUCUCUAGCUCAAAUAAGGAUACUACUGAUUGUUUGGCUCUCAUUCCUCUUAGCCCUCCUACACACCAAGAGUCUGAGAGGGGCUGGGAAAUAGAGUGUUUGGAGGGAACGAGGGUUGGGACGGAGGGAACGCUCACGGCUCUAGGACCAAAGCGGAAUUCGACUCCUACGAGGGAUAAAGAGGGAUGGGUUCAACCAGCUCUCCCCUCUCCCACAUUUCUCCAGCACCCAAAACCCCAGAUGUCUCAGGGAAGAUGGUGAAGAAAGGAGACAGGGUGGUAAAGGAGAAACCACCACCUGUCCUACCUCCUGUGGGUGAGGAGGAACCAAAAAAUCCAGAGGAGUACCAGUGCGUGGGGAUCCUGGAACAGGACUUUGUAGAACUCUGUACUCGUUCGGGAUAUACAGACUUCCCCAAAGUAGUUGUCCGCAAUCAUGGUCGCUCCACUUCUGCCUCUGAAAAGCCGGUGGUGGAGGAACAGCGGGUCUCUGCCUCCUGUAGCCAAAACAGCCUCCUCCAGAUUGAGAACAAGUAUGCCUUCUUCCGGCCCACCAUCCAGGUGGAGCAGGAGCAAGAGGACCCCAAGUCAGUUCGGGAAAUCUUCAUCCGAGGUUGGAAACUGGCAGAUCCAAUUCUGGGUAUUUUCAGCAAGUGUCUGCCCUCUCUCACCCAGCUGCAAGCUAUCAACAUGUGGAAAGUGGGGCUGACUGAUGAGACCUUGACUACCUUCAUUGCCCUCAUCCCAACUUGUGCCUCCACUCUCAAGAAGGUGUCUCUGGAGGGAAACCCGAUAGUGGAGCAGUCUUACCAUAGACUCAUGGUCCCGGAAAGCACCAUCACACACUUGUCCCUGAGGAACAACAACAUCGAUGACCAGGGCGCACAACUCCUGGGCCAGGCACUGUCCACGCUGCGCACCAGCAACCGAACCCUGGUCUCUCUCAACCUGGGAUACAACCACAUUGGAGAUAAGGGGGCUGGCUACAUUGCAGAAGGCCUGCGGCUGAACCGCUCCCUGCUCUGGCUGUCCCUGGCCCACAAUCGCAUCCAGGACCAGGGUGCACUGAAGAUAGCUGAGGUUCUGCAGCCUUUUGAACUAACACACAUAGAGGUGGUCGAACGCCGGCGACUUCUGCUAGAGAAGGGGGCUCAGGACCGAACAAGAAUAAUAAGAGGAUCGCCUACUUCCUCCCGUCACGGAGAACGAGAUCGGCCUCUGUUGGGGGCUGGUAGUACUGGGGCCAUUGACAAGCUUCAGGCACCCAAGACAACCAAAGGCGCAUCGGGCAAGAAGAAGGAAAAGGAAGUAGCCAAGAAAGAGGAGAAGCCCGGGUCUGGGACAUCCCCCACACAGAAUACCCCAAAGAAAGAAGAUACUAGCAAGGGUUCUAAAGGGAAGGUAACCAUCCCAGAACAGAAGCCUGGUCGGGGAAAGGGGGCCAAGACGGGGCCCAAGGAGAAACGAAGUACCCUUGCUGAGUCUGAAGUGGUUCAGAAAAAGGUAACACCCGAGCCUACUGAGAUCCUCAAUCCUCUUCUAGAGCAGACGGACCAUAGAAAUGGGAAGGUUUUCUUGCCAGGAAACAAAGUCCUAAUGCACCUCAAUCUUAUUCGGAACCGAAUCACAGAAACGGGUCUGAGAGGCUUCCUCAGUGCUGUCCGAUACCAAGUGAAGUACACCAAACCCAAGACCCCGGCUAAGGGCCCAUCAGGACUGCUAAAACUGAUGCUGGGGAAAAAUUCCUUUCCCCCACAAUGCGACACCUACAACAUGAUCCAGGAUUUGAUGCUUCCUCGAGAACUCAAGACUAAAAAAGAUGAAGAAGGCCAAUCUCUCGCUGCCCCCUAAGACCCUCAGGGGGUGAAGGAUUAAUACCCCAAAUCAUC